CGAAGAGUUUCGUCUGCUACACCGUUGGGACAGCAAAUGAGCUGAUUGUUUUCCUUUUCAAUAUCCGAUUUUUUAUGUCAAGUGAAAGAUCAAAGAUUAUUUGUUGAAAUGUCAAAAAAUGUCGUACUUAUGGUGGCAGAAAAGCCAAGUCUUGCAGCGAGCUUGGCUAAAAUUUUGAGUAACAAUAGUUGUCACACAAGGAAAGGUUUCAAUGGGGCAUGCUCUGUACAUGAAUGGAAUGGAUUAUUUAAAGGCCAGAGUGCAUACUUCAAAAUGACAUCUGUUUGUGGCCAUGUUAUGUCUUUGGAUUUCACUGGUCGUUAUAACAACUGGGAUAGUGUUGAUCCUGUUGAGUUGUUUACAUGCCCAACUGAAAAGAAAGAAGCAACCCCUAAAUUGAAAAUGCCCGCGUUUCUAUCUCAAGAAGCCAAAGGUUGCAACUAUCUAGUUCUUUGGCUAGAUUGUGAUAAAGAAGGAGAAAAUAUUUGCUUUGAAGUGAUCAAUGAAGUAGAGCCUGUGAUGGUAAGAUCUCAGAGAAGAGAACAAACCAUUCUGCGAGCCAAAUUUUCUGCAAUCACAGAAAAAGACAUUAAAGCUGCAAUGAAUUGUCUAGUUUCUCCAAAUGAAAAUGAGUCCAAGAGUGUGGAUGCAAGGCAAGAAAUAGAUUUGAGAAUUGGAUGUGCUUUCACACGAUUUCAGACAAGGUUUUUUCAGGGAAAAUAUGGUAAUUUGGAUUCCACGCUCAUUUCUUAUGGUCCAUGCCAAACACCCACAUUAGGGUUCUGCGUUGAACGGCACGAUACUAUAAAAACUUUCCAACCGGAGCCGUUUUGGGUAAUUCAGGUCUCCAUUCAGGCCACAGAAUUCCGGAAACUUACCCUUGAAUGGGAACGAGUUCGGCUAUUUGAUCGUGAAGUUGCUUCAGCUUUCCACCAAAAGAUUAAAGACUGCAAACAGGCCAAAGUUGUAGGUAUUUCUCAAAAAGAAAAGGCAAAGCAACGCCCACAGGCUCUUAAUACCGUUGAACUGAUGAGGGUCGCUAGUUCUGGUUUAGGAAUGAGCCCUCAUAGUGCUAUGAUUAUAGCGGAAAGAUUAUAUACACAGGGCUAUAUUUCUUAUCCGCGAACGGAAACAACACAAUAUCCUGAAAAUUUCGAUAUUAUUGGCGUGUUAAAGCAAUUCCGUCAGAGUGCUGAGUUUGGAGCCGAUGUUCGAGACGUCCUUUCCCAAGGAUCUGUCCACCCCCGUAAAGGCCAAGAUGUCGGAGACCACCCUCCGAUUACGCCAAUGACUUUGGCUUCCCGAGAGUCGUUUGAUCACGAUUCCUGGCGCCUCUAUGAUUACAUAGUGCGUCAUUUUAUUGGAUCGGUGUCAUCGGACUGUAAAUAUCUGGUUACGCGAAUAGAUUUUGAUAUGGGGCCUGAAUCAUUUUCCGUCAGUGGUAAAAAAUUAUUGGAUCCUGGUUUUACUCGCACUAUGCAUUGGCAGGCUCUCAGCCCCGACGAGCACAUGCCGGAUCUAAAACUAAACCAAAUGGUUCCUAUAAAUGAAGUUAAACUGAACGAACGCUUGACUUCUCCACCUGAUUAUUUAACAGAAUCUGAGCUGAUUACUUUAAUGGAAAAGCAUGGAAUUGGAACUGAUGCAUCCAUUCCAGUUCACAUUAAUAAUAUUUCGCAGAGAAAUUAUGUUACUGUUGGCAAUGGAAGGAAGUUGAUUCCUACGGCACUUGGCAUUUCGCUAGUCCACGGAUAUCAGCGUAUUGAUCCUCAACUGGUAUUACCCACAAUGCGUUCGGCCGUGGAGGAACAAUUGAACCUUAUUGCCAAAGGAAGGGGAAAUUACGAUGAGAUCCUUCGCCACGCUUUAGAAAUCUUCCGGUUGAAGUUUAUUUACUUCGUCCAGCACAUCGAGGGUAUGGAUCAUCUAUUCGAGGAUACGUUUUCAACAUUGUCGCAGACAGGGAGAAAUUUCAGUCGAUGUGGGGCUUGCAGAAGAUUCAUGAAACUAGUAGCUUCAAAACCAGCUCGACUCCAUUGUCCGAACUGCGAUGCGACAUAUUCCUUGCCGGCGGGUGGAAGUUUCAAAUUAUUCAACGAAUUGAAAUGUCCACUUGACGAAUUCGAAUUACUGCUGUGGGUUGGAGGUCCAAACGGAAAAGGAUAUCCUUUUUGCCCUUACUGCUACGUUUUCCCGCCAUUCAGAGAAAUGAAGAAAGGCAGUGGAUGUAAUCAAUGCACGCAUCCAUCGUGUACUUAUGGUUUGAAUGCAACUGGAGUUGCAUCAUGCGGAGAAUGCCCCAACGGUAUUCUUGUCCUGGAUCCUACUUCAGGGCCAAAAUGGCAAUUGGCUUGUAAUCAAUGUCAAGUGGUGAUUAAAGUUUGUGAAGAUGCCAACAAGCUUAGCGUUGCUAGUUCUACAUGUCCUGAGUGCGAUGCUCGUCAAAUCAAUGUGGAAUAUCGACCGGAAAAAAAUAAGUUAGCCAAUGGACUCACCAAGGUGAAGGAUGCUUGCAUCUUUUGUUCACCGGAACUGUCAGAGCUGGUGGAGAAGCGUUAUGCAUCACAUGCGAAAAGCAAACGAGGAGGUCGUGGGCGAGGUAGAGGGCGUGGUCGUGGCCGGGGCCGUGCAAAGCCUAAGGAUAAAAUGGCACAGCUUGCUGCUUAUUUCGUGUAAAAAUUUAACACAACACAAGCACAUGGAGGUAUUUAAUACAAGACAAAUCAUUCGUCUGGA